AUGGCGUCCCGCCCUACCGUCACUAUCGCCACGGCUGAUGGCAAGCCCAGCGGGGCUACUCUGCCCUUGCCUGCUGUCUUCACUGCGCCCAUCCGUCCUGAUAUCGUCCAGCAGGUUCACACCGGUAUGGCGAAGAACAAGAGACAGCCUUAUGCCGUGAGCGAGAAGGCUGGUGAACAGACUUCCGCUGAGUCCUGGGGUACCGGUCGUGCCGUCGCUCGUAUCCCUCGUGUCUCUGGUGGUGGUACUCACCGUGCUGGUCAGGCUGCGUUCGGUAACCAGUGCCGUUCCGGUCGUAUGUUCGCUCCCACCAAGGUCUGGAGAAAGUGGCAUCAGAAGGUCAACCUGGGACAGAAGCGCUUCGCUACCGCUUCCGCCCUUGCUGCUUCUUCCGUUCCUUCUCUCCUGUUCGCUCGCGGUCACCGCAUUGCCAACGUUCCUGAGGUUCCUCUGGUCGUUGAGUCCAAGACCUUCGAGAACGCCGCCAUCGCCAAGACCAAGGCCGCCAUUGCCCUGCUCAAGGCUGUCGGUGCCGGCGCCGAACUCGUCAAGGUCCAAAAGUCCAAGAAGAUGCGCGCCGGUAAGGGUAAGCUGAGGAACCGCCGCUUCCGUCAGCGCCGUGGUCCCCUCGUCGUCUACAACCCCGAGGUUGACGGCAAGGAGCUUGUCCGUGCUUUCCGCAACAUCCCCGGUGUUGAGACCUCUUCCGUCUUCUCCCUGAACCUCCUCCAGCUCGCCCCCGGUGGCCACCUCGGUCGCUUCAUUGUCUGGACCUCCGCCGCCUUCGAGGCCCUUGACCAGGUCUACGGCAGCACCACCACCCCCGCUGCUCUCAAGAAGGACUACGUCCUGCCCCAGAACCUCGUUGCCAACGCCGAUCUGGCCCGCCUGAUCAACUCCUCUGAAAUUCAGUCCGUGCUGCGCGCUCCCAAGGGCGAGGCUCGCACCAAGCGUACCGUUGUGCAGAAGAAGAACCCUCUGCGCAACAAGCAGGUCAUGCUCCGCCUCAACCCUUAUGCCGCUGCUUUCUCCAAGGAGAAGCUGGGCCAGAAGCCUGUUGAGUCCGAGGAAAAGCCUGCUCGUCCCGCCCAGGAGUUCAUGAACACCCUCCGCGAGGAGUAAAUUUGGUCUGGGAUGAUUAGGGUCUGACACGAGUUUGUUUUUUACUACGGUUAAAAAGGUAGCCAUCGCAAAUGAAUCUAUGCUUUUGCAAUACCC